AAUGCCACUUGAAAAUUCAGUGGAUUUGGUGAGACGUAUACGUCUCCAUUUUUGUAGGUGAAAAAGCAUCAGCCUCAUCUGCAGAUCAACUUUGGCGAGAGACCUGUAUGACGGCUUCUUUUUAUAGCAUCCGGAAGUGAGGCUCACUAAACUUCUCUCUCGAGCUAGCUAGGAGCUCAUCAACAAGCAAGGUGUUGUCCAGGCCAUCGAUCGGCCGGUCUCCCGGUCCGUUGCAAUGGAAGGCCUGAUACCGUUGGUGUACAGGGCCAUCGUGGAGUACAGGAAGGCGAGGGAGGUCGCCAUCGGGAGCCUCCUGUGCGGCGGCGGCGACCAGGCGCGCGCGCCGUCGGCGGCGCUCUUCUGCGACGCUGCUGGCGGCUGGCGCGCCGCGUCUCUCUCCCCGGCCGCGUCGCCGCCGGCGAGGGCCAGCCUGGUGUCGCCCCUCCUCCGCUCGGCGUCGCGCCGCCACAACUGCGCAGGCUAGUCGUGCUGCCGCGCACCGUCUGGCCAGGUCUCAAGCUGAUAAUUUUCCGGUGUACGGAUGAUCGGAAUACAUGUACGUAUACAUAUACAUAUACAUAUACAUCUACCAGGUGUGUGUUGAUAGUUAAGCCCUUGGAAGAAAUUAAAGGGUGUGUUUUGAAUAAGGGCAUGAUGAUCAGGGGGUGAUCCAAAGGAGCACCUCAACUGAGAAGCAGGCGAACCUGCUGCAUGCCCAGGCCGGCUGGUUGUAGCUAGCUUGUAGGGUGCUAUAUAAAACUGCUGCUGCUGCUCAAGUAGCUUGUAUGUGUGUCGGUGUCGUGUACUGCGUGUGCUGGACGUUCCAGCAUGUACAAGAUAGCUAGACAUAAGAAUGGUGGGAUCUUGUUUGAGUCCGAAGGUGUACAUACAUAACAAUAAAGAAGGCUGCGAAGAAGCCUGAUACUGAACUUUUCGUGCA